ACAGGGGCAUUGUAGGAAAGAAUCAACCAAACAGAUACGCAAUCAAACACGAAGACAUUUGGUUUGUUUUGAGGGCGAGACCCCCACAAAAAUCGAGCGAUAAAGUCUGGAAUUUUAUUCCCGGCUUGCUAUGAUUUUGGCGAAACUGGGAAAACUCGCGUCUCUCGGGGUCUCAAGGCAUAUGAGGAACAUGUACCUUGAGCCUUUCUAUCUGCCAAGUCGUCAUUUCAACAAGCGGGCUCUAGGGAACAUUCCAGAGUUUGUCAGAAUCGUCGAAGUGGGUCCGAGGGAUGGACUCCAGAACGAGAAGCAGAUCGUUCCAAGUCAUGUUAAGGUUAAGUUGAUUCAGAUGCUGAUCUCCUCGGGCCUCAGUGUUGUUGAGGCUACAAGCUUUGUCUCUCCCAAAUGGGUUCCUCAGCUGGCAGACGCAAAGGAUGUUAUGGAGGCGAUUCGGAAUAUAGGAGGUGCUAGGUUUCCCGUUUUAACUCCCAAUCUCAAAGGUUUCGAGGCUGCUGUUGCUGCUGGUGCAAAAGAAGUUGCUAUCUUUGCUUCAGCUUCGGAGUCUUUUUCAAAAUCAAAUAUAAAUUGCAGUAUUGAAGACAGUCUCAGACGUUACCGUGAUGUUGCUAGUGCUGCUAGAGAGCUUUCUAUUCCUGUUCGUGGAUAUAUAUCAUGUGUUGUGGGGUGCCCAACGGAAGGAGCUGUACCCCCAUCUCAAGUAGCAUAUGUGGCUAAAGAACUUUAUGAUAUGGGUUGCUUUGACAUUUCUCUCGGUGAUACAAUUGGUGUUGGUACUCCAGGUACCAUUGUUCCAAUGCUCGAAGAGGUUAUUGAUGUGGUCCCAGUUCAGAACCUUGCUGUCCAUUUCCAUGACACUUAUGGCCAAGCUCUUUCAAACAUACUAGUAUCUCUUCAGAUGGGCAUCAGCACAGUGGAUUCAUCAGUCUCUGGUCUUGGGGGUUGUCCAUAUGCUAAAGGUGCUUCUGGCAAUGUUGCCACGGAGGAUGUUGUGUACAUGCUUAAUGGACUUGGAGUGAAGACCAACGUAGAUCUUAAAAUGCUCAUGAUGGCUGGGGACUUUAUCUGCAAGCACUUAGGACGCUCGUCUGGUUCAAAGACAGCUGUGGCCUUGAGUAAAGUCCCUGCUCAUGCCUCUAAACUAUGAGAUCCAGCACUAUACAUUUUACUUCCCUAUAUCCAGUUGGUGUAUUGCAAGUAGAUUAGAGCUUUAAUUUGGCAGAACAAUGAAGCUAAUUAGUGGGGCAAGUAACUGUUUUUAGGUGCACAUGCAGAAGCCUACAGAAGUGAUGAGUAAGUUGAUCUGGUAAUGUCCUUCACGUGUACAUUCAAAUAAAGAGGGGAUCCCAGUACUCAUGUGAAUAACCAUAUUUUUGUCACUAAGUUGAUUAUUAGCCUUGUUUUCUUUAUUUGUUGAAAACUAACCAAAUUAGAGGUGAAUGAGACCACAAUACCCUUCA